GGGCAGCUCGCUCCAGGAGGGGGGCGGGAAGGAGCCCCCGGUGCGGGAAGGACUCACCCCGCGGCUCUCAGCCUUCCGCAGAGGCUCUCCGGGAGCCGCCGGGCGCUCGCUGCCCACCUGGGGGGGCCGUGAGCGGCUGGGGCACCCCCCCUCCGCCUCGCCUUUCUCUCCUCCCCUCCGCCGCCUCCCUCCCUCUCUCCCUGCCCGCCUGCCUGGGAUGGUGGAAGGAGCCGGGCAGACCCGGCGGGGCGGCCCUGGGCGCGGGGGGCGGCUCGGGGGCCCGGAGCCCCCGCCGCCGGUGAUGGCCAAGGAUGUCCUCGGAGGGGGAAGCCGAGGCGGCUGCUGAGAGCGGGCCGGGCAGCAGCCCCGCGCCGGGGCCAGCCGCCGAGCGGGAGGAGCAACGCCCUGUGAAGCAAUCCCUGAGUGCCUGCAUGUGCAGAGAGUCACACUGGAAAUGCCUCCUCCUCUCCAUCCUCAUGUAUGGUUGCCUGGGAGCAGUGGCCUGGUGUCAGCUGGCCCGAGUCACCAAGCUCAGCUUCGACAGCUCCUUCAAGGGCAAGUCCAUGAUCUACCAUGACAGUCCCUGCUCAGAUGGCUAUGUCUACAUCCCGCUGGCCUUCCUUUCCAUGCUGUAUGUGGUGUACCUGGUGGAGUGCUGGCACUGCCACGUCAAGAGAGAGCUGCAGUACAAGGCUGAUGUGGACAGUGUCUAUGAAUGUAUCAACCGCAUGCAGCAAGCCACUCCGUGCAUCUGGUGGAAGGCCAUCAGCUACCACUUUGUACGGCGAACCCGGCAGGUAACACGGUACCGCAAUGGUGAUGCCUAUACCACCACCCAAGUCUACCACGAGAGGGUCAACACUCAUGUGGCCGAAGCUGAGUUUGACUACUCUCACUGUGGAUAUAAGGACAUCUCCAAAGAGCUCCUGGGCCUGGAGAGCUACACAGCCACCAAGCUGAGGUUCACCAAAUGCUUCAGCUUUGCCAACAUCGAGUCUGAGAACUCUUACCUGACACAAAGGGCUCACUUCUUCACAGAAAUAGAGGGGCUGGAUGACUACAUGGAGGUAAGGGAAGGCAUGCAGCUCAAAAAUGUGGACUUCAAAGAGCUCAUGAUGGCCUACGGGGACCCAGAUCAUCUCCCAUGGUAUGUGUCUCACUAUGCUUUCUGGGUGGCAGCCAUCCUGAUGAUCUCGUGGCCUCUCAGGGUACUCAUAGAGUAUCGGACUGCAUACGUCCACUACCAUGUGGAGAAGCUUCUGGGCCUGGAAUACACAGCACCUGCCACGACGGAGGAGCCCCUCUACCGUUACCGCAUGCCCCGGGAUGCCACGCAGGACAGCACAGAGCUGGAGUGGCACAUCUGCACCAACCGGCAGCUGAUCCCCAGCUACUCGGAGGCCAUGCUAAUGGACCUGGCCAACUCCCCAGCGUACAACAGCUACACAGUGUGUCGGUACAGUGAGGUGGCCCACGGCUGUGAGCGCUGCAACCGUGCCUCCAGCACCUCCUCCAUCUUCUCACGCCAUGCUUUCCACAGCUGCAGUGGCAACUCCCGUCUUUCCCUCAACACCAGCCGCUUCUCCCUCUGCCGCGUCCAUGGCUCCCACAGGACAGGCCUCUGGCGGAGCCGCAGCAGCAGCAUUGCUGACCGGGGCUGCCAUGAUGAGCAAUGCUGCUCCUACUCCAGCCAGCUGGCUGUCAACGAGAACCCCCCUACCUACCACGACGCUCGCUUCUUCCCUGUCUUGAUCGUGCAUAGGCCGGAAGGGCACGAUGGACAGCCCUUCUAUGUCAGACGCUCCUCCUGUUUAGAAACAUCUCUGUGAUGGGCUCUCAUGCUUUCUCAGCUCUUCAGCUCUGGAACAGCUUCACUGCUGUGCUUGCAGAGACACCACCAGCCUGCAAGUGUCAGUCAGCAGGACGAGCUUUCAGUUCUUCUUGGCAUUGCAUGAGGAUAUGGUCGCCCUGCCAAGUGGCCCACCUCUUUUCUAAAGCUUCUCUCCCUCCUCCUAUUCAUCUCCAUGUUUAUCUUUCCCCUUCUUUUCACUCUUUUACUCCUCACUGUUUCUUUGUUUCUUGAGUCUCUGCUUCUCCUCCUAUCCCACUCUUUCUUUUACAUUUCAGUCAGUAUUUGAAAGCUGUUUCCAUGAGAGGAUUUAAAAAGCCUGUGUUUUGCAAUGCAUUUGCCCUGCAAGGUAGGAAACUCAAGCGACAGCAAGGCCAAGCAAGAUACUGAAAGGCCUGCAGCCAGUCAGUGUCAAGUCAGAAAGAGAAUUCAGUUCUGCAGGCUCUAAGUCACCUGCUGCAAACCUCAAACAAGGCUUUUAAAAAAAUUAUUUCUGCCAGUCUUUUUGCCUCUUCUUUCAUUUAUUGUCUCUGUUUUUAUACUUCCUCUUCUCUCCCUAUUCUCAUCUUCCUUCUUUGCUUUUGUUUCUCUGCUUUCCAAUUUCUCAUUGCACCUUUCUGGGGUUUUGUCAGUGAGGGUAUGUUUCAGCCCAUAAUUGUCUUUUGUUGCCCCAAAACAAGGUAUUUGCAGCACAGAUUUUAGCGUCCACUGACACAGGAAAUGUCCCUGAGAAGUGCUGAGGACAUUCACCACAGAGUAGUGAUACACAAACAAAGCAAAAAGCAUGCCUUUUGCUAACCAUGCCCUGCCUGGUCUGCAGCAGAUACUGCUGCAUUUCCAGAUGUAGUUAACCUCCUUCAGCUCCACCAGUGUUAGCAAUCAUCAAGAGCCGUAAUGUAGAUCAGUGCCCUGCUAGUGCCACUAUUUUUAAGACUGUAGAUCUGGUUUGUGGUUAUUUCAUUCCUACCACUUGCUUGGAGCUGCAGGGACUGGCAAGGAGGAGAGACGUCAGGGAGGAAAAGGUGUUAAUCCACUACAGCCCACUCACUGAUGGUCUGAAGGCUUUUCCUGCAAGGCUCCCUGCGAGUGGGUGCAGAGCCUUCAGUAAGGUGUGAGAUCAGCCUGGCAUUGUCACCAACAGGAGGGGUGGCUGGUGCUUCCGAGAGCCAGGGACCAGCCCGGGGGCUUCUGGCCAUGCUCAGGAUCCCCAGGGCCUCAACAGGUGCUGAGCAAGCUCUGCAACAUUUCAUCACGUGGGUAGCUGAGGUGGGCACCAACUUGCAGGAGAACCCAACACAAUCUCAGUACAGAAACUACCAAAACCAAGGUGUUGUGCCUCCCUAUGGUAGGUAGGUCAGAAGCUGAUCCCUCAAAGGGACUAGCAACAAAUGCUUCCUCCCGAGUCAGUUCUGUGUGUAUCUGUGUAAUAUGAGAUUUGUAAAGUCUGAUUAGUAUGUGUAGAUUAUAUGUAACUGCAUAUGGUGAUUUCUUAUGGCAUUGACUGUUGCACUAUGUUAAAUACAUUUUGUUUUGGUUUGA